CCGCCCAUGAACGGUUAGGGCGGUUAAUACGAUUGAUUCGUCAAAGAUGUGCCACGCAAAGCGUUUCUGAUCUGGAAAAUGUUUUAUAACAGUUUGGAAAAUAACAACUGCUUCAGAAUUAUUUUACCGACUUGACUGUUUCCAAUGACAACAUUAUAUGCAAGGUGUGCGGAAGAACUGUUGAAGAAGUCAACUUUUCAGACUUGUAAGAAGUUUCUUUCUACUACUAUUAACUAUUCUGCUAUCAGAAGAAAAAGGUUCAAUGCCUCAGUGGAUAAUAACCAGAACAAUAUUAGACUGCUUUCUUUAUCUAUGAAGCAGUUUAGUUCGCAAGCUUUUGACCAGGAGAUACCUGUAACCAACUAUCCCAAAUUGACCACUCCGAAGAAAGAUGGUUACAUAUUUCCAGCGGAAUGGUCUUCACAUAAGCAAUGCUUUAUUGGAUGGCCCGAUGUAGCUCCCAAAUGGAGAGAAGGUGGCAUACCAGCUCAAAGAGCAAUUGCUGAGAUUGCCAAAGCAAUAUCACAGUUUGAACCAGUAACGGUGGUUGCUUCCAAUCCUACUGGAUGGAAAGCUGCAAGAAGUAGACUGCCACAAUCCAUUCGUGUCAUACAGAUACCUAACAAUGACUGUUGGCUUAGAGAUUCGGGACCUAUUUUUGUCAAGUCCACUAAUCAUGAAGUUGAAGAACUAGCUCGAGGAGUAGUUUUCAACUUUACUGCAUGGGGAGGCCCAACCGAACCGGCCUAUGGAGACUGGUCAUUAGACUCACAGUUUGCAGAGAAUUUACUGCAAGUGGAGAAUGUAUCUCAAUAUUAUGCAGGUAUGGUUCUUGAAGGAGGUUCCAUCUCAGUGGAUGGACAAGGAACACUAGUGACGACAGAAGAGUGCUUAUUGAAUCCAAAUAGAAACCCAUCCAUGUCUAAAGAAGAAAUAGAGCAUCGCCUCCAGGAAUUCCUCGGAAUUAAGAAAGUUAUCUGGUUGCCUUAUGGAGUCUAUGGCGAUGAUGACACAAAUGGACAUGUGGAUAACAUGUGCCAGUUUACUCAGCCAGGAACCGUUGUGUUACAUUGGACUGAUGACCCAAAAGAUCCUCAGUAUGAAAGGUCUCAUGAAGCCUAUGAACGACUUAACAGUACUACCGAUGCGAAGGGAAGAAAGAUUAAAGUGUUCAAGUUGCACCUUCCUGGCCCUUUAUACCGGACUGUUGAGGAACAGUUUCUCUUUGAUGGUUGCAAAUUACGACCAGCUGGACAAAGACUUCCUGCGUCCUAUGUGAAUUUCUACGUGACCAAUGGAGGAGUUGUAGCUCCGAAAUUCAACCACCCAAACGAUGAACUUGCUAAGAAAACAUUAGAAGAAGCCUUUCCAGGACGACGCAUUGUUCAAGUAUAUGCCAGAGAAGUUUUACUUGGUGGAGGUUGUCUGGGUUGUAUCCAUUGUAUGACUCAACAACAGCCACAAUAAGGGCUUUUAUAUGAAAGCUUUGUUCUUGUGUCUUUCUCUAUAAAGGUAUAAUACGUUUU